AUGGACUCAGAUGAUGAGAUUCCAGCUCUUGAGGAAGCUCCAGACGCCACUGAUGCCGAAAAGGGCAAGCACAACCGGUCGGAGAAAAAGUCGCGUAAAGCUAUGCAGAAGCUUGGAAUGAAGUCCAUUGGUGGCAUUAUUCGCGUAACUAUCAAGAAAAACAAGAACAUGCUGUUUGUGAUUUCGAAGCCAGAUGUGUUCAAGAGCACGGUGAGCGAAACAUACGUCAUUUUCGGCGAGGCCAAGAUCGAGGACUUGAAUGCUCAAGCGCAAGCAAUGGCUGCUGAACAGUUUAAGGCCCCUGCCGCUGAGACUUUGGCUCCGGAGAUUACUGCCCCUACUGUAGAGAUUCUGACCGAGGAGAAUGAUGAGGACGUCGAUGACUCGAACAUUGAUGCUAAGGAUAUCCAGCUAGUUAUGAGUCAAGCUGGUGUGAGCAAGGCAAAAGCUGUAGCCGCUCUUCGCUCGAAUGACAAUGACAUUGUCAAUGCUAUCAUGGAACUUACGAUGUAA